GGAGUUUGUGGUUCUCAUAAAGGGUUCUCUUGUGAAAACUUCUUGCAAUGCCUUCAUGAAACCUGUCCGAUCAUUGAUGUGGCAGUACUCUAUCUCCAGUAAAGUUCUAACUGUUCCACCAUUGGAGCUCUCAGUGAGAUGGAACCCAUACAGAACCUUGCGUGUUCCACAACCUGAUCUGAUUUCAUUUGUUCCAGAAGUCACAAACAUUUUCUGUAAAUAACGCCGCCCCUGUUCUCAGAGAGCCGAGGGGAACGCAUGGGCUCUGGAUAGUGUUGUUUGACAGCUGGACAGUGAUGUGAUAAGGUUUUUGUAAACACAAGCAGAGCCGAGGUUCUACUCCGUCCACUCGACCGCAGCGCUGCACAGACAUGGCUGGACAGGAGUUCCUCAGGAAAACUCUGUUACUGCUUUUGUUUCUGGUUCUUUACGCCUUUUCUUCGGGGUUCUCCAUGGACGUUUGUUCCAAUACCAUUUUACCCGGAUCUAAAGGAGAUCCCGGUGAGGUCGGAGAUGCAGGAGAUGAAGGACGACUCGGAAAAACUGGACCGCCGGGACACACGGGCGUCCCGGGGGAGAACGGAGAGAAAGGAGACGCCGGGAGAGCCGGGAAAUCCGGUCCUGCAGGAGAGCGAGGACAAACAGGAGAGCGAGGAAACGCUGGACCCUCAGGGUUAAAGGGAAAAGCAGGUUCUACGUGUGACUGCGGGAGAUACAGGAAAGUAGUCGGGCAGAUGGACAUCAACGUCAACAAACUGAAAAACGCUGUAAAGUUCCUGAAAAACGUGAUUCUGGGCGUUAAGGAGACGGAGCAGAAGUUCUACCUGCUGGUGAAGGAGGAGCGUAAACACCACGACGCUCAGCUGAACUGCAGGCUGAGAGGAGGAACCCUGGCUCUGGCUGACAACCAGAACAUCAGCACGCUGCUGGGUUCCUACAUCAGCGAGGCAGGUCUCACUCACGUUCUCGUUGGAACAGGAGGAGAACCUGAGCACGGGGGGAACUCGACGGUUUCGGGUCGCAGGUGCACACAGGUGGCGUCUGACGGAGCGCUGAGCCAGGCCGAGUGCGACGCUGAGAAGUUCUACAUCUGUGAGUUUUCCAGGAACUAAGCCCAGAACCUUCAUUCAGGAAGACACUUGGAGAGGAAAAUGGGUUCUUCAAAGGUUCUUCGAGUUCUUGGGACUCUUUCUGAUAAGGAAAACACUCUUAAAGUUCUUCAGUGUGGAAAAUGGUAAAGUGAAAACAUCUUGAUUAUAUUCAUAUUUACGCAAUUCUAAAAUAAUUUUAAAUAAUUGAAUUUCAUUAGUAAGUAAUUUUAGUUUCUAAAAAGAUGGACUUAAAUGUAUUAUUAACCAAUCAAAAAUGUCAAGAAAUUGUGUUAAAUUCUGUAAUAAUUUUUUUAUAAUAAUUCUUUAAUGAGCAAUGUGAUAUAAUAAUGCAUAUAAUUUGCAUAUUAAAUUACUCAAUAAGCUAUUU